CCAACAGCCAAUGGUAAUAAUCUUACUUAAAAUCAUGUGAUCUUCCGUUAUUUACUUGAAUAAUCGCGCUUUAUCAGCUUCCUUAAUUAAAAUGCCUAAAAAAUCAAACAAUAUUCAGCGGAAUAAUCAGAACAAAAUUAAAAGAAAAGGGAGGCCACCUAAAAAGAAAAAAUAUGUCCAACCGAUUGACAGUUCUGACGAAGAUAUUCUUUCUGCAAGACAUGCUUCAACCCGACCAAGAAUUAUUUCGAUACGAAGAAAUGAAAUUCCAAUGCGUCCAGAAAUCCAUAUACCUCCAGCAUCAAUUCCUUCAUUUAAUAAUCCAAGUAAUAUUCAACAAUCGUCAUCUGACAGACAGAUGCCACCACAGGUGAACGAACAACAACUUUCAGCUACGACCACUACGAGGAUUACAAUAACAAUGACGAGUAUCACUAAAAACAGUACGGAUAAUUCUAAUACAACUACUUAUGUCACAACUGAUAUUUUACCUAUAAAUGAAAUGAAUGUUCCUUCUCAGUUGGAUAAUUCGGAGAAUAGACUAAGAGUAGGUGCAUCCAAUUUAAGUACAACUCCGGUAAAUUCAUCUGAUAAUUUAAACAAUUUGGAUCCUUCGAAUGGACCAUACACGAGAACAAAUGCGUUAAAUUCAGUUACAUUAACUCCUGCAACAGCCAGUUCUUCACGAAAGAUCAUAUCACCUAUGGGCGAUUUAUCAGGUUCAAGAUAUCAUCAAACUUCCAACAGCUCUCCUAAUGCAAUUGGAAGUUCAUCUAGACAUUCCAACUUAGCGGCAACACACGGUUCACAAUUAAAUGACUUGAGAACGAAUCUUUAUAAUAUGCCUGGAUCGUCGAUAUAUCAUUCUGCAGCAUCAACCGAUAAUUCUCCCUCUCCGACAUUUAUUCAUACUAGAAAUGAUAUGUGUGAUUUAGACGAUUCAAAUAAUCCACCUGGCAAUUUGACCAACUCUUUUCCCGCUAGUUACGAAUCACAAUUUAGUACAGGAAACAAUGAAUUUAUAGCAACAAGACCAAGAUAUUACCGCAUUCCUGAUAUCGAUACUCUUGAUACUGUAUUUGAUGUUUGGAAAGAGUGGAAUUUUGGAAUUGGUGAUAAUCCUUCAAUUGUUUCACUAAUAGAAACUUAUGGUAAUAAAUGGCAAAUUAAUAAUAGUGGUAACUUGGCCGCAAGAAAGAAGAUUAUUAAAAUGAUUAAACUCAGAGCAGUCGAUAUAGGGUUGGAUAAGGCAAUCGAUGAAAUGGAAAAAAUUAUGGGUUCAAACAAAUUGAGUUGGUUGGCCGAUAAUUUUCAUGGAAAGAAAAAAAUCAUCGAGCAAGAAUAAUUUGUUUCUCAGAUUCAUGAAUAGGAAUUAUUUAUUGUUCAAUAAUGAUAGCAAUGAUGAUGAUAAUGAAAGACUUGAACCUAUUAAAUACCAAUUUUUUCCG